AUGGAUAUAACAUUGUCUGAUUCAAAUGUUGAGGUUAGCCAUUAUAUACCUGAUGAUAUUGUCUUCUCUAUUCUCUCCAAACUUUCUCUCAAAUCUUUGAAGCGAUUUGAAUGCGUAUGCAAAUCAUGGUCUCUAUUAUUUGAUAACUCUUAUUUUAUGACUAUGUUCCGCAACUAUUUCAUAUCUAAGGAUCAUUCUUUUUAUGAUGGUAUAUCUCUUUUCCUACACUUGGUAGACGACGAAGAAGAUGAAGAUGUAUUGUACUCUCUUUCUGGUGAGAGAUUUGAGAAAAUAGUUAAAUUAGAUUGGCCAAACAACUAUUCUUUUGACAUUUUGGGUCCAAUUAGUUUUAAUGGCACUCUUUGUUUAGGACAUUAUGACAACUCUCACAAAAUAAUGUCGUGGAACUCAACUACCACGGAAUUCAAGAUCAUUUACGAUAGUUCUAAUUCUUGUUUUCCAGAUUUUAGUUAUAAUCAUUGUCAAGUUGGUUAUGAUCAUGUUAAAGAUGAUUAUAAGAUGAUUAGACUCAUCCAUUGUACUCCUGCAAGUAACGGUGGAAUUUCCUCCUUCUGGGAGAUAUUUAGCCUAAACAAUAACUCUUGGAGGAAAAUUUGUGAUAAAUAUCCUUACUCACCAUACAGAUGCUGUAAUGAAGUGUACAUGGAUGGAGUGUCUCAUUGGUGGGAAAGUAGGAAAAACAAUAUAUAUUUGGUGUCGUUUGACUUCAGCAAAGAAUCUUUCAUUACAACACCUGUGCCCUCUUGCUUAGAGGACGUUAACAACAGGAUAACGCCAAAAACUCUGACAGUAUUAAAUGGAUCUAUUGCUUUUAUAGUAGAUUAUGAAGAGAAAAAUACAUUUGAUAUCUUAAUUUUGGGUGAACUUGGUGUAAAAGAAUCAUGGAUUAAACUUUUUACUAUCGGACCUUUACCUUGUCUUAAGACUCCGAUUGGAAUAGGGAAGAAGGUAGAUAUAUUGAUCAGAAAGAAAGACAACAAACUAGCUUGGUUUGAUAUAACUACUGAGACUAUUGUUGAGACCGGUGUUACAACAGACGAUCGUGUCGUUUAUGUUAAAGAUCUUAUAUCUGUGAAGCCUGAUAAUCUUUGUUUGAAUGCCACUAUGCUUAAUGUUUUGCUUUAG